AUAUCCUCGCACACGCAUACAUUCAUACAUACAUAUAGUUUUGUAUAGAAAGAGAAACAAACCACCCAGAAAAAUGUUCUUAUGUCAAAAAUGUACUAUUUGAAUUGCUAAUCACCACAACUCAUUCGGCUCAUCUCAUCAUUCACAAUCGAAAUGCGUGGCUUCAAUUCAAUUCUAGCUCGAAUUCUAGAGCUCUUCUGUUGUUACCGAUUCUAAAAAUCCACCUCAAAAUCACUUUCUUCUUUUUUUUUCAUCAUCGAAAUUAGGGUUUUAGUUCUGGUUAUGAGUUUGUCGCUCCUCCAAUGGCUUCGUCUUCUUCAUAUGUUUUUUAUAUCUUAAUUCUUCACAUCAUCACAAUCCCCAAUUCCAAUUUUGUUUCCCAAUUAGGGUUUGUGUCUGCCUCGGCCGACAGUGACGGCGAUUUCGUUUCAUUUCACGGCGAUUACUCGCCUCCGUCGCCACCGCCUCCUUCUCCGCCGCCUCACCCGCCUUCGGUCUCGUGCGAGGAGGAUUUGAUGGGAGUUGGGUCGCUCGACACUUCGUGCGAAGUGAGUUCUAGCUUGAAUUUCACUGACGAUGUGUAUAUAGAGGGAAUUGGGAAUUUCUAUAUUCUUCCAGGGGCUAGAUUGAGUUGCCCAGUGAAGGGUUGUUCCAUUUUGGUUAACAUUAGUGGUGAAUUUAGGUUGGGUUUCAAUGCAGAGAUGAUAGCUGGGACCGUGUCGCUGGUGUCGCGGAGUGCUACAUUGUUCAAUGGUUCUGUGAUUAAUGUGACGGCGUUGGCAGGUCAGCCGCCGGAGCAGACUAGUGGGACUCCCGCGGGUGUACAGGGGGCAGGCGGAGGACAUGGAGGGAGAGGGGCUAGUUGUGUGAUGGAUAAUACAAAGCUUCCUGAGGAUGUGUGGGGUGGGGAUGCAUAUUCAUGGGCUUCAUUGGGAGAGCCAUGGAGUUAUGGUAGUCAGGGUGGCACUACAAAUAGAGAAGAGAAUUAUGGAGGGAAAGGCGGUGGACGAAUUGGGUUUUACAUAAAAGGUGCUAUUGAAGUUCAUGGGAGUUUUUUAGCUGAUGGUGGUGAUGGUGGUAUCAAAGGAGGUGGAGGAUCUGGAGGCAGCAUUUACAUCAAGUCCCCCAAAAUGAGUGGUAGUGGCAAAAUAAGUGCUUCUGGGGGUAAUGGAUUUGCAGGAGGUGGUGGUGGAAGAGUUUCUGUCAAUGUUUUCAGCAGGCAUGAUGACCCCAAAUUCUUGGUUCAUGGGGGAAGAAGUUACGGGUGUCUUGGAAACUCAGGUGCAGCAGGGACAUUUUAUGAUGCCGUUCCUCGGAGGCUAAUUGUGAGCAAUAACAACAUGUCCACAGAUACUGAUACACUUCUUUUAGAGUUUCCUAAUCAGCCGCUGUGGACAAAUGUUUAUAUUCAAGAUCAUGCUAGAGCUACUGUUCCUUUGCUCUGGAGUCGUGUGCAGGUGCAAGGACAAUUUAGUUUAUCAUGUGGUGCAGUGAUGAGCUUUGGGCUUGCACAUUACGCCUUAUCAGAGUUCGAGUUAAUGGCAGAAGAGCUUUUAAUGAGUGACUCGACAAUCAAGGUAUAUGGUGCUUUGCGAAUGGCUGUCAAAAUCCACUUGAUGUUGAAUUCAAAAAUCCUUAUAGAUGGUGAUGGUGAUGCAAUUGUUGCAACAUCACUGCUAGAGGCCAGCAAUUUAGUGGUCCUGAAGGAAUCAUCCGUAAUACAUUCGAAUGCAAAUUUGGGAGUUCAUGGGCAAGGUUUUAUGAACUUGUCUGGAUCAGGAGAUGUGAUUGAAGCUCAACGUUUGGUUUUAUCAUUAUUUUACAGUAUAAGUGUUGGGCCUGGAUCUGUUUUGAGAGGUCCCUUGGAGAAUGCAAGUAAUAAUUAUGUGACACCGAGGCUCUAUUGUGAACUCCAGGAUUGCCCCAAGGAACUGCUUCAUCCACCUGAGGAUUGCAAUUUGAACUCUUCAUUGUCCUUCACUCUUCAGAUUUGUCGAGUUGAAGAUAUAAGUGUCAAGGGUUUCAUAGAAGGAUCUGUUAUCCAUUUCCAUUGGGUUAGAACUGUAGUUGUCCAAUCUCCUGGUGCAAUAAGUGCAUCUGGUUUGGGCUGCAAAGGUGGGGUAGGCAGAGGAAGAUUUUUGAGCAAUGGUCUUGGUGGUGGUGGUGGACAUGGUGGCAAAGGUGGGAGUGGAUAUUAUAAUGGCAGUGCUAUCAAGGGUGGUGAUGUAUAUGGGAAUGCUGAUUUUCCUUGUGAACUUGGCAGUGGUAGUGGAAAUGAAAGUCUGGCUGGUGCAACUUCUGGCGGUGGUGUCAUAGUGAUGGGUUCAUUGGAGCACUCUUUGUCAAGUUUGUCCAUUGAUGGUUCACUUAGAGCUGAUGGAGAGAGUUUUGAAGAAAAUGUCGGAAAGCAGGGUGUUAUGAACAUUGGUCCAGGUGGUGGAUCAGGUGGAACUAUUCUUUUGUUUAUUCAUGCAUUGGCCCUUGGUAAAUCUUCUUCUAUCUCAACUGUUGGAGGACAUGGUGGUCACAAUGGUGGUGGUGGAGGUGGUGGAAGGGUUCACUUUCAUUGGUCAGAUAUUUCCAUUGGGGAUGAGUACCUGCCCAUUGCAAGUGUAAAUGGAACCAUCCAUGUUGGGGGUGGUUUGGGCAUAGGUGAUGGUGAUGCAGGGGAGAAUGGAACUGUCACCGGAAAAUCCUGUCCAAAAGGGCUUUAUGGGAUCUUCUGUCAGGAAUGUCCAGUUGGGACAUAUAAAAAUGUCAGUGGAUCUGAUAGAGCCCUUUGUAGAAAAUGCCCAUCUCAUGAACUCUCACAUCGUGCCAUUUAUGUUGCUGUUCGAGGUGGUGUUGCUGGUGCCCCUUGUCCUUACAAGUGCAUUUCUGAGAGAUAUCACAUGCCACACUGUUAUACCACCCCUGAAGAACUGAUAUACACUUUUGGGGGCCCAUGGUUAUUUGGUUUUAUUCUCUUAGUUCUCCUCGUUCUGCUAGCGCUGGUGCUUAGUGUUGCUCGAAUGAAAUUUGUCAAUUCAGAUGAACUGCCAGGUCUAGUGCCUGCCCAAUGUGGCUUGCAAAUAGAUCGCUCAUUCCCCUUUCUGGAGUCAUUGAAUGAGGUAAUGGAAACUAGUAGAACUGAGGAAUCCCAAACUCAUGUGCACAGAAUGUAUUUUAUGGGGCCUAACACUUUCAGUGAACCAUGGCAUCUCCCUUACUCUCCUCCAGAACAAGUAAUAGAAAUUGUAUAUGAGGAUGCAUUCAACACAUUUGUGGAUGAGAUCAAUGCAUUGGCUGCUUAUCAGUGGUGGGAAGGUUCAGUCUACAGCAUUCUUUCGAUUCUUGCAUAUCCACUUGCAUGGUCAUGGUUGCAGUGGCGCCGCAAAAACAAAAUACAACAACUACGUGAAUUUGUUCGAUCAGAAUAUGAUCAUGCUUGCUUGCGCUCUUGUCGUUCACGUGCUCUCUAUGAAGGGCUCAAGGUAGCUGCAACUUCUGAUCUAAUGCUUGGAUAUGUGGAUUUUUUCCUCGGUGGAGAUGAAAAAAGAGCUGACCUUCCUCCUCGCCUUCAGCAAAGAUUUCCAAUGUCUUUGUUGUUUGGAGGAGAUGGAAGUUACAUGGCUCCUUUCUCUCUUCACAGUGACAAUAUCCUCACUAGCCUCAUGAGUCAGGCUGUCCCUCCUACUAUCUGGUAUCGAUUAGUGGCUGGUCUAAAUGCUCAGUUGCGUUUAGUUCGCCGUGGACAUUUAAGAACAAGUUUUUGUUUAAUAAUGAACUGGCUUGAAACACAUGCAAAUCCUACUUUAAGUCCCUAUGGUGUACAUGUUGAUCUGGCUUGCUUUCAGCCCGUUGCUUGUGGUUAUCGCCAGUUUGGACUCACUGUACAUUCUGUUGAAGAUGAAAGUACGCAACCAUCAGUUGAAGAGCCAAACGUAACUUCAUUAGCUGAGCAACAGUCAUGUUUAAUUAAUAAUGAUUGGAGGAAAACAGUGGAUGAUUCAAGCGCCUGUGAACAUCUAUUGACACAUAAUAGUAUAGGUGGAGGAAUUUUACAAAUUAAGAUCUUGCAAACACUUGAAGAGAAGAAGACUCUAUGUUGUCCUCUUUCUUUUAUACUUCAUAAUACUAAACCUAUUGGUCAUCAGGAUCUUGUCGGUUUGGUCAUCUCUAUACUACUCUUAGGAGAUUUUAGCUUAGUUUUGCUUACUUUGCUUCAGCUAUACUCUAUUUCGCUGUUGGAUUUCUUCUUGUUUUUGUUUAUCCUUCCUCUUGGCAUAUUGCUUCCAUUCCCAGCUGGAAUCAAUGCUUUAUUUAGUCAUGGACCCAGGCGAUCAGCAGGUCUUGCUCGUGUAUAUGCUCUAUGGAAUAUCACAUCCUUGAUAAAUGUCGUAGUUGCUUUCAUAUGUGGAUUUGUUCAUUAUAAAAUUCAGUCCUCAUCAAAUAAAAAGCAUCAAAACUUUCAGUCCUGGAAUUUUAGCAUGGAUGAAAGUGGAUGGUGGAUGCUUUCAUCUGGACUUGUGCUGUGUAAAGUUAUCCAAGCCCAACUCAUUAAUUAUCAUGUGGCUAACUUAGAGAUUCAGGAUCGCACAUUGUAUAGUAAUGAUCCUUAUGUGUUCUGGCAGUCAUGAUAGGCAUUCAAUGACUCAAUAUGAAACUCACAUGUUUGUAUUUUUGUAAAGAUAGCAGGUGUGUGUGUGUUUGUGUGUGUGUGUGUGUGUGUGUGUGUGAGAGAGAGAGAGAGAUCGAUCAUGUAUGGUGUACUCCUAAAUAUAAGUUUUCUCCCAUGUAUAGGAGGAGGCUGUGUUCAUCAUUUGCAGAAUUCAUGUUUUUUUUUUUUUUUUUUGCCUAUGUUUUAGCAAAUAUAUUCUUGCUUCGUGCUACUAGCUAUUGGGGGGCCAAUUCACAUCUUUUCAGGUUACUUGGAUAUCACAGAGCAGGAUUACGUUAUGCCCUCGAUGUGGAUGAAUCUUGGAUCAGCGAAUCAGAAAUUGAGCGGGUUUGCAGUUGGGCUGGUUUGGACCUCUAUGAACAGCGCAAAGUUCAUUAAGAGCAAAGGCAGUGGCUGGCAUGCGAUGGAUCUCUGUGCGAGGAAUUAGGAAAGUCUACAAGCUUACAGAUUUUUUAACCUCAUUCAAUCAGGUAAACUCAAUAGAAAAGUAAGAUGUUUCUGUCUGUACUUCUUGAGGUUAAUUAUGUAUACUAAAUAAUGCAUGUCUUAUGUGCUACUCCCUCAAUCUCAAAUUGUUUGUACAUUUUUUA